UCCCAGUCAUCAGUCCUGAACAGUUCAGUGGUCCAGAGCGAGACCUCCAGUGUGCUUCUAGAAGGACUGAGGCCCGGGACAGGCUAUGUGGUUCAGGUGAGGGCCCGCACAGUGGCUGGCUACGGAGUUUUUAGCAAGGAGAUGCUCUUCCAAACUCUCACCGACGAUGAGUAUAAAUCAGAGUUGGGACAGCAACUCUCUCUGAUCGCAGGCUCUUUAGUAGGUGGAGUGUGUAUCAUCUCGCUGGUAGCUGUCGCCAUCAUCUGCACCAG